UCAGUAAAAUAACCAUCAGCCAUCCCACUAAACAAAAAUACACUCUGCUCCGACAGUCAAUGAGGGGGUCAACGUUAAAUUAAAACCUUUUUCAAUCUAGAAGAAUGUCCCAAGCACUCUGGUCAAAACUAACAGCAAUCUAACAUUCAUCCAAUCAGUUUACAUAAUAUAAUCAUAUUUUUAACACAAAGUGAUCUUUAUUUGACAUGAAUACAUGUAGAGAUGGUGUCACCACAGUGGUUCUACUUGACCUUUGAAACUAAAACUCACAUUCACCUGUCGCUCCUCUUCCUGGGUCCUCAUGGUCUCCACAGAGCCAGUAUAGUAGAAGGUCUUCUCCUGUCUCAUUCAGUCCUUGGUGCCACUCUAGCUGGAGGUGGAGCUUGACAGGCAGCACAUCAGAAACAAUCUGUCAACACAACAGCUUCUAGACUCUUGAUUGUUGCUGCUUGACAACAUCUGCUUGUUCCAGUAUUAGCUAUGCAGAUCUUCAUGUUAGUGGUUUUAUUCACUGGGUUUACUGGUGACAGUUAUCAGCAAUCCAUCCACUCAAUCCAGGACAGUCCAGUCCAGGCUCUACAAGGAGACGGCGUGACUCUCUCCUGCAACUACUCUUCAGCAACAUCCUUCUUCUGGUAUCGGCAGUACCCCAGCUCACCUCCCCAGUUCCUUAUCAAAGAAUACAUGGAGCUAUCUGGAUUUACCUUGAAAAAGGACAGUGAUAAAAAAAUGUUCCAUCUGGAGAUCUCCGCUGCUGCCGUGACAGACUCUGCUCUGUACUACUGUGCUGUGCAGCCCACAGUGACAGGAAACACAGACUCCCUGUACAAAAACCUGACAAGGAACUUGAAGAGCAUUUGUCAUUACCUUAAACUGUGGUUCAGGGGAGGCGCAUCUGGAGAGGUGAAUUCACACCAGGAGUCUAGGAGCGAUUAUUUUUUCUGGUACCGUCAGUAUCCUGGAGAACCUCCACAGUUCCUGCUGUGCAUCUCAGGGUUUGGUAACAACAGAACAGUUGAGUCUCUUGGUUCAGACAAAAGGUUUUCCACUGAACUGACUGAAGAGAAGACUGGAGUGGAUCUGAAGAUCUCCUCUGUUGCAGUGACAGACUCUGCUCUGUACUACUGUAGUGUAAAGGAGAAGACAGUGUGA